UAGUGUGUGUGUCCACAACAACAGAAAUGUCUAGGAAAAUACUUAUUCGUUGUCAAACUCCACGAAUUAGUUUUUCCAUCAGUGAACUAACCGCUAACUCUGCGGUACUCGAACUUCUGGACAUUGUUGAGAACGUUACCGGCAUUCCUCCUGCACAGCAGAGACUUCUUAAGGGUUACCCACCAUGUGAGGUGGUUGGAUCCGAUGUAUUGUCGUCAAUCCAUUCACUGGGCAUUCGGUCAGGUGAUAGCAUUAUUGUUGAGCAGCGGCAACCACCUGGUGACAUGGUAGCAGCCAUGAGUGGACGCUCAAGUGGUUUACAGGGUUCAAGAACAUCAGUCGGUCAACAGCCACCGAGUUUAUCUACCAAACAUGCUACAUCACCUUUAAACAAGAGCAACUCGUUCGCUUCUCCUGAUUUACAGCAAAGGAACGUCAAGCGCAAGGUUGUUUCUGCUAAUAACUCGUGUCUGUUUGCAAGCAUAAGUUAUCUAUUUGAGAACCACACUUUAUCAAAGGCAGCAGAGAUGCGGAAGCUUGCAGCAGACGUCAUAGCCAGCGAUCCAACAACCUACGAUUCUGUCUUGUUGGGAAGGUCGAAUAGCGAGUAUGUUGACUGGUUACGGAAAGACACAAGUUGGGGAGGAGCACCUGAACUAGUUGUAUUCUCUAACUUUUAUGAUGCGGAAAUCAACGUUGUUGACAUCCAACGGGUGACACUAGAAGAGUUUGGGAAGGACAACAAUUGUUCAAAGAGAGCGUUUCUAUUUUAUAAUGGUGUACAUUAUGACCCUCUCUACAUGGAAGUUAAUGGUCGAGUAAAAACCAUCUUUCCACGUUCAGAUGAAGACAUUAAGAUUCGAGCACUGGCAUUAGGAUCAGAAUUGAAAGAGGCUCGUCAAUGUACUGAUCUUCAUGGAUUCACUCUGAAGUGCAUGGUUUGUAAUCUUCCUCUGAAAGGUCAACAACAACUCAAUCAACAUGCAGUAUCAUCAGGACAUAUGAAUUUUAGAGAGAUCUAAAAGACUAUUGGACGUUCAUGUUUAGCAGGUAUAUCCCUGCCUCUGUGAGGUGCACUUGGUUGAUUUCCAACGAUGGCUGUAACUAGCAAUAAUGCAGUUGUACAGAUAUGUUUGUAGAUUAUGUAUAAAGCAUUGUAAAUGAAGCGAUAAAACCUGUGUCGGGAUCUUUACUGGUAGAUUGGGUGUUGCGGUCUGGUACACAAAAUAUGUAGUGGAGCGGGUGCAACCACUUUUUUCUUGUCACAAUGUGCAUGUAUAGCACGUGUGCCAGUAGCUAAAUAGAAACCCUUAUUACUUCCUCACUACUUAUUAUGAAG